CUGGCGUUGCCUGGGUGACAAAGGGCCCUGCUGCCCGGGGAGGCAGAGGCGGAUCCUGGGGCGGGUCAGGAGGCGGGGUGGGGCUGGCAGGAAACGGGACCUGGAGAGCGGAGGCCUCAGGACGAGCGCGGACACCCGGAGCUCGUGGGCAGCCUGAAAAGUGGGGAGAAGUGGCAGACCAGAGCUCGGGGCACAGGCCUGCAGGAGCCCAGCUCAAGACCCCUAACCAAGGCCAGACCAAGGCCAGACCUGGGCAGGCACCUCCAUCACAGCGCCUUCUGCAGUCAGAACUUGUUGCUGUCCACAGGGGAAAGUAAAACAUGACGGAGACAGAUGGCUUCUACAGAAGGGAAGUGUUGGAUCCAGCCGAGCAGUACAAGAUGGACCACAAGAGGAGAGGAACUGCCCUAAUCUUCAAUCACGAGAGGUUCUUCUGGCACCUAGCACUCCCAGAGAGGCGGGGCACCAACGCAGACAGGGACAACCUGACUCGAAGGUUCUCAGAGCUAGGAUUUGAAGUGAAAUGCUUUAACGACCUCCGGGCAGAAGAACUACUGCUCAAGAUUCACGAGGUGUCGACUUCCAGCCACGUAGAUGCCGAUUGCUUCCUGUGUGUCUUCCUGAGCCACGGGGAAGGCAACCACAUUUACGCAUACGAUGCCAAAAUUGAAAUUCAGACCUUGACUGGCUUGUUCAAAGGAGACAAGUGUCAGAGCCUGGUUGGAAAACCCAAGAUAUUCAUCAUCCAGGCCUGUCGGGGCAGCCAGCAUGACGUGCCCGUGGUUCCUCUGGACGUGGUGGAUCAUCAGACAGACAAGCUGGACGACAACGUGACCCAGGUGGAUGCUGCCUCGGUGUACACUCUGCCUGCGGGGGCGGACUUCCUCAUGUGUUACUCUGUUGCAGAAGGGUAUUACUCUCACCGAGAGACUGUGAACGGCUCCUGGUACAUUCAGGAUUUGUGCGAGAUGCUGGCCAGGCACGGUAGUUCCCUGGAGUUCACCGAGCUGCUCACGCUGGUGAACAGGAAGGUCUCUCAGCGCCGUGUGGAUUUCUGCAAAGACCCAGGUGCAAUUGGCAAGAAGCAGGUUCCCUGCUUUGCCUCAAUGCUGACCAAAAAGCUGCAUUUCUGUCCCAAACCUAGUAAGUAGGGCCGUCCGACUUGCUACAAAUGUUUCACACACAUUUCCCUUCUACACAGAGGCCAGCUGGCCAAAGACUCCGCCCACCAACGGACACUGUUUGAAUUUUUAAGGUGCUACAGAAAAGUAAUGUUUUGCCUUUGUUAUUAUUUUCCAAUCAUGUUGGGGAUGGGGAAAGGGCUAAAGAAAUCCUCAGGAAAUUACUGUGCGCAAAUGCCCAAUACAUUUAUUAUGUUUCUGGUAAAUGGCAAGAUUACUAAGAAUACCAACUACUUUGCCUUACCUUUUGUGACACUAUUUAUAUAGGCUCAUUGUAUAAUGUUUUUAAAGAUCUUUGAAACUCAAGAAUGAGAUCGUUUUCACCUAAUAAAAAUGUCUAAAACUCACUAACAUUUUCUAAUUCAUAUGCUUACAUAAUGUACAGUGGGCCUGUUUUAGUCGGUCAUGCUUUCAUUUAUUAUUUUGUUUACCUGUAAUGGGGCAUUUUAUGUGUGGCUUUAAUUCCCAUUUUGGAAACAAUAAACCUUUCAGAACUA